UCUGGGCGAGCGGGCGGUGUCUGUCGGUCAGGCUGGGUUUAUUCCUGUUUUCCUCCCUCUUUGUGGCUGGGAAGCGGCGGGAGCGAGCGGCGGCCGUGGCAGGGGCGAAUACUGCUUCGUCAUGAUGCCGGCUCAUUCUCCUCUUGUUGGGAAAGGGACUGAGCCGGCGAGCAGAGGUGGGGAGAGGCGAGCGGCACCCACCCACCCACGCACCCACCCACGCACCCACCCACCCACGCACGCCCUCCCCGGCGCCCGGCAGCGGGUUAUCGGUGCGGCGGGCGGCACAGCCGCGGUGCUGGGGCCGGGAGAUAGCGGCUGGCCGGCUGGCUGGCUCGCUCGCCCGCCCGCACGCUCGCCCGCCCGCCCUCGCUUGGCUCGUCACGCUCUCGGAUGCGCGCCGCAGCGCGCCGGCGGUGGCUCGGCCGCAGCCAGGCCAGCCGGCCCGCUAGCCAGCGGGGUCAUUCGGUAGCCGGCCGAGCAGAGGAGGCCCUUGGUGUCCCCCCCGCCAGCUCGCCACGGCUGGAGGCAUGCGGUGUCCCCAUCCCUAGAGGCAGCACCCGAGCCCCAGCCCGGCGUUAGCGCCCAGAGGGAUGUGGAGCCACAGAGGACCCUGUGACUGACACAGCCCCUCCAGCCCGCAGCUGAAUGGAAAGACUGCAGAAGCAACCGCUGACCUCCCCUGGGAGCGUCUGUUCCUCCCGCGGGUCCAGCGUCCCAGGAUCGCCCUCCAGCAUCGUGGCCAAAAUGGACAACGAGGUUCUGGGCUACAAGGACCUGGCCGCCAUCCCCAAGGACAAAGCGAUCCUGGACAUCGAGCGCCCGGAUUUGAUGAUCUACGAACCCCAUUUCACCUACUCGCUCAUGGAGCACGUGGAGCUGCCCCGCAGCCGAGAGCGCUCCCUGUCUCCCAAAUCCAUCUCUCCUCCUCCGUCUCCGGAGGUUAUCCGGGAGUGGCUGGAGAGCCGGACCCCCAGCAGUGCCCCACAGCCCCCCUCUCGCCAGGGGGGCAGCUCAGCCCGCAGCAGCGUGCAGCACUUCCACCGACCCGAGACGGACACGACGGAGCUCAACAUAUACAAGAAGCCUCCGAUCUACAGGCAGAAAGACCACCACCCCGGCGCCCACCACGGGAAGCAUCUCAUAGAGGACUUGAUCAUCGAAUCCUCCAAGUUCCCGGCGGCGCAGCCCCCGGACCCCAACCAGCCCGCCAAGAUCGAGACCGACUACUGGCCGUGCCCCCCGUCCCUGGCCGUCGUGGAGACGGAGUGGAGGAGGCGGAUGGCCUCCAAGAGAGGGGAGGAGGAGGAGGAGGACCUGACGGAGGAGAUGAAGAACCUGCGGGAGCUCCAGAGGCAGGAGCUGAGCAAGGUCACCUCCAACCUCGGGAAGCUGAUCCUGAAGGAGGAGAUGGAGAAAUCUCUCCCCAUCCGGAGAAAAACCCGCUCGCUGCCGGACCGGACACCCUUCCACACAUCCCUGCACAUGGGGAGCUACAAGAGCUCCUCGCUGCCCGCCUCCGGCAGGAGCACCCUCACCCGGCUGCAGUCGGCGGAGUUCAGCUCGGCGGGCAGCGAGAAGGGCAGCCCGGGCCUACAGGUAAGCACCCGUCUGGCUGCCGGCGCGGAGACCCAGCGAGGGGGUGAUAACGGCCAGCGCGGGCGCAUGGACAGAGGGAAUUCCCUGCCCAGCAUGCUGGAGCAAAAGAUCUACCCCUACGAAAUGCUGAUGGUGACGAACCGGGGCCGCGUGAAGCUGCCGCCCGGCGUGGACAGGACCAGGCUGGAGCGGCACCUCUCCCCCGAGGAUUUCCUGCGGGUCUUCGAGAUGCCCCCCGAGGAGUUCGGCAAGCUGGCCCUCUGGAAGCGCAACGAGCUGAAGAAGAAAGCCUUCCUCUUCUGAGCCCCCAGCUCAGCCCGUGUCACGCCGUGUAACCGCUUUAGGGCUCUCAGCCGGUUUUUACUAGGAUCCCCCCCGCCCCACCCCACCCUCCAUCUUCCCCUCUCCCCCAGCCCCCCUGGCUCUGCCCCCCCAGUCCCAGCCUCGCUCCUCCUGCGGGAAAAGGGCUCCCAUGGGGGGCUCGAACCUGCGGGGCGAUGGGGCUGUCCCGGAGCAGGCACGGUUCAGCCUGGAGGGGAGAUGUGGGGGGGGGGUCUCUGUGCUUUGUGCCCCCCCCUCUCCCCCCAUCCAGGCACUGCCUGGCUCUGCUUUUGGCCGGCUGGGAGCGUGCCGGCUCCGGUGUGUGGGCGGCGGGGGCGGCUUCCCUCCUCCCGGGGGUGGGCUGCCUUCGGCCCCCGCACCCGGGGUGCCCCUCUGCCCCCCGCCCGGGGUAUCCCUUUGCCCCCCCACGCCUUCACCCCGAGACUCGGGAAGAGCCUGGGGGGGCUGACUCACUGCCAGACCGAUGUGCUCCUGGAAAAGCCAGGCCGGCAUCCCGCCUUGCCCCCCUCUCCAGCCCCCCCAUUUUAACAUCUUCCCCCCCGCCUCGGUCCCUCCUGUGCCAGCUGCUGCAGCGAGGACCCUAAGGGACCCUAAGGGACACGUACACUGCCAAAACCUGCCCGGCACCGGGCUGGCGGAGGGCAGGGCUGGGGAUGCCGGCGAGGUGGGGCACGGCGGGGUGGGUGGCAGAAGUGUGUGGGGGGGUCCCACCGGGACCCCAGGGCAGCUCCCGCUGCAUUUCUAACAGCGGAUGCACCUGCAGCGUGGGGGCGGGAGGGGGGGGAUGCACUGGGGGGAUGCAGCGGGGCAAUGGGGCGAUGAAUUGGGAGGAUGCAGUGGGGCAGAAAGGGGCAGGGCACAUGGCUCGGUGGGCACCGGGGUCGCUGGGGGUCUGGGCAGCGCUGCCUGCCCCCCCGCCUCCUCCCCAUGGCUGCGCAGGCAGGGCUCGGCACUGGGCAGCACCUUCCCUCCUCACACCUCUCCCCGUCCCCUCUUCGGGCACACGUUUUGGGCAGGACCCCUCUGCCCCCGCACCCCCGGCCCACACACCCCACACCCCCCACCCCCCCCCCACGCUCCCCGGUUUCUGUUUUCCAGCCACUUUCCAGCCGCUAGACCUUGUUGGGAUGUAAAGAAUGUAAUUUAUCGGGAAAUCACUGGCCCAUACUUGCCUUUCACUGCUACUCUACAAACGACAUAUCUAUAAAUAUAUAUAUAAAUAUGGGUUGUUUUCUGACUGGACUGCAGUGAUUCACUUUCUCUGUUUCGUUAGAGUUUAUUUUAUUUGCUAGUGUCGGAGAAUCCGCGUGAGAGUGAUUUUUUGCUUACAAUUAAAGGUGAAAUGGCUUUAUCCA